GAACAAUUAACUGUAUUCCAAGACGUCACACUAAUAUAUAUUUAGCAGCUUUUUCCCCCAUUUAAAAUGACAUGCAAACAAAUACAGACCAAAAUUAUGAGCAUAUACUGAGCGUAUAAAGUCUUUUAUUUUCAUUUAUAAUGUCUCAAUGAUUGAUGAUGAUACUGAUAGCCGAGUGGUUUUGAAGCUCAGCAUCAUUAAGAUUCACAAACAAAGGUUAUCGUCAUAGAUAAAAUCUAUCUUGUCUUUGAUGCCAGUAUCUGAUACAGUGUAAAGUUUUGUGUUUCUCCGAGCACCAUCAGCAGUGCACUUUUAACCUUUAUUCAUCACAGUCAUUAGAUUAAUUAGAUAAUUUUUUUUUAAGUUGGCACAGGCGUUAUGAAAGGGCUCAGCCAAAUUUUCCAAAUUAACAAAAUAGAAAAUUUGUGUCAUUUGAAACUGUGCAAAUGUGUGCUGUGUCCUAAUUAAUGGUCAUUCUAGCCUUAGCUUAGAGUUACACUGAAGCUGUCUCCCAAACCUACAACCUUUGUGAAGGAAUGUCAGCUUCACAAGUCACAGUUUCCCUUUACACAGGGGAUUAAAAAUAAGGAGGCUUUAUUUGUGGAUAAUUGAAUUCACAGGUAGCUCCUGACAUCGCUAUUUUAAUGACCUGCAAAUGGAAAACCUAUUUAAAAUUUUGGUUUAGGGUUUCAUGACUCUUUAAAGAAGAUUUGACCCGACGACAUGUAUCAAGGAACAUGUCCCUUCAAUAUUGCUUAUAAAACUACAAAUGAAUGAUGGCUGGGAAAGUGGAAAAGGUGUCCAAAUACGAAACUUUAAAGCUUUUGGAAAAGUGCCGGAAGGAAAGAGACGAUGCUUUGCACCGCGAGAAUAUGAUGAGGGAGAAAAUGAGACAAUACGAGUCUCGAAUGAGAUCAACCGAAGCGCUCAAACAGAAAUUAAAGCAAUUGACUUUGGACAACAAGGAGCUGCGGAAACAAGUGAAGGUCUUGCGGGCUGAAAUUGGUUUAGAGGCAAGUCCUAAAUUUAACGGGAAAACCACCAAGGAUAUAAUCAACGACCUGCACGAGAAGGAGCGCGAGUGCAAUUCACUUGUUGAAAAAGCGGGUAAAUUAAGUUUGACGAUUGAUGAACUAACAUCUGAGCUGGCCAACACCGUGACCUCGAAGACUCUGCUGGAGGACCAGGUCCAGUCCCUGCAACAGAACCUGAAGGACAUGACCAACAACCAGCGGCGUCUCCUGAAGCUCUGGGAGGACAAGAAGGGUCAGAGGGAGCAGCUGUCCCUGCCCGCCAUACCGCAGAGACCCGGACAGAAACCGCUGGUGCAUAAAGGCGUCCAGACGGAGAUGUCCAUCAGUUCAACCCAGAUAUUACCCACUAACGCAUUCGAGACCAAGACCCGCCGAGAGAUGGAUAAAAGCAGAACCAGUCUGGAACGACGCAGCAUCACUUUAGCGAAUGGCUCUCAUCGAGAGAAAAACGCUUUAAUUCAGAAUGAAGCGAAAGGAAUACACAACUGACAAUUAUUAUUUCACGAAACUUUUUUUGUCUGCCUACGCGUCAUGCUGCUCAAUGCCUCAACUUACUGCAUUUACUUUAAAAUAAAUAUAUAGAUGAGUAUGUUUCAAAUUAUAUAGCAACAACCUGAUUGAAACAACCGAAACACUGGGUUGAGGACUAUGUUACUGUACAAUAAUUAUUUCUCUACUAUUGACCCAUUCUUACAGUUUUGACUGAUGUUUGAUGUACGUUAAUGCCCACAAAAAAUUGUGUAUAAUGAAAUUCUUUUAACAUUAAAUAUAUAUAUGUAAUUUAUUCUGUUUUAUUCUGAUUUCCUCUGUUUAAUUCGGAUAAUUUUGUAAUUUGGUGAUGCAGUUAAUUAUUUAAUAUUUUUAAUGUUGAAUAAUCUGUCUCAUUAUCUUUUGAAUUUCAUAAAUUUGCGCAGAAUUCACAUUUCUGGAUGGGCCAUUUCUUAAAUGGGAUAGCUCACCCAAAAUGUAAAUGCAGUCAACAUUUACUCAUCAUAAAUUCUUUCCAAACCAUAA